AUGGGCUUUAAAGAUAAUCAAUACCAUGCGUGGUGUGAAGAAAAUGAAGGUAAUAUAACUCCCGAAAGAAUAUUGGCAAUUUUCAAUAAUUUAGCUACCAAAUAUGGGUUUCAGGAUGACAAUGUAAGGAACAUAUACGCUUUAUUCAUGACUCAACUAGAUUCAAGGUCAAGUAGAAUGAGUGGCUCUUGUGCAUUGAAAUCAUUGCAUAUGAACUACAUUGGAGGAUUGAAUUCCAAUUAUAAAAAUUGGUAUUUAUCUGCACAAUACUUUUAUGAAGAUGAUGAAAAUUGGACGCCAAAAAAGAAAAAGAAGAAAAAGAGGAUGAAGAAAUCAACUAAAAUUGAUGAUGAUGAUGAUGGUGAUGGUGAUGAUGAUGGUGGUGGUGGUGGUGGUUUCGAUGGCGAGGAUGAGGAAGAUAGGUGGCUAAGGAAGUUUCGUAAUUGCACUGAGGAAGAUUACGUUUAUCAAGUUGCAUUGUAUUUGCUCAUUUGGGGAGAAGCCAAUAAUAUACGCUUUAUGCCUGAAUGUCUAUGUUUUAUUUAUCAAUGUGCCUUGGAUUAUCAAGGAGAAAAUUUUGAGAAAUUUUAUUUUCUUGAUAAGAUUAUUACACCCUUGUACAGUUUCCUAAGAGAUCAACAGUAUAAGCUUAUUGGUGACCGAUGGAAAAGAAAAGAAGUAGACCAUUCACAGACUAUUGGGUAUGAUGACGUAAAUCAACAUUUUUGGAGUCGUCAAGGACUAAAUAAGCUCAAGUUGUAUUCAGGUGAAGUGUUUUACGAGAUAAAGAAGGAAUCGAGAUUCAAGGAGAUUUGCCAGAUAAAUUGGCAAAAGUCGCUUUCAAAGACUUAUCGUGAACGAAGAACUUGGAUUCACGUAUUGACCAACUUCAAUCGCAUCUGGAUCAUUCAUGUUUCGAUGUUUUGGUACUUUAUGUCAUUCAACUCCCCUUCGUUGUAUACCAGAGACUAUACACCGGAAAAGACACCCUUGUUGCAUAUCAGAUUAGCAAUUGUGUCUGCUGGCGGCACUAUUGCCGCAUUAAUUUCCUUAUUUGCAACCAUUUCCGAGUUUCUAUUCAUCAAGAGCAAGAAUUUUAAAAAAUUGGCUAUUUUGCUCUUAUUGCUAGUCCUAAAUACAGCUCCUAUAACUUACAACUUGGUGAUUUUGAAAUGGAACGAGUAUUCUCACUUGGGAAACAUAUUCGCCGGCCUCAUGUUGACUGUAUCAAUCAUUACAUUUGUAUACUUGUCAAUUGUACCAUUUGGUAGCAUCGACUCCAUUUUUGCAACCUCCUUCCCGAAAUUAAGGUUGCGAAAUCGGCUUUUUUCGGUCUUUUUAUGGGUUACUGUUUUUGCUGCGAAAAAUUCCGAGUCGUAUUUCUUUUUGAUUUUAUCAUUAAAGGAUCCUAUACAGAUAUUGUCGAGUAUUGAGUUGGAGUGCAAUAGUGGGCAUUUUUUGUGUAAGUUCCAACCCAAGAUCACCUUGUUUUUGUUUUAUUUGACCGACUUGAUCUUGUUCUUUUUGGAUACUUAUCUUUGGUUGCCUGAUCGAGUAUUGACAAAAAUCUACUAUGGAGAAUCAAUGAAUUUGAUAUUGGUGAUAUCCCAAAUUUGGAACAGUAUCAUCAUAUCAAUGUAUAGAGAACAUCUACUUUCAGUUGAACAAGUUGGGAAGUUGAUAUACCAAAAGGAGUUUGAGGAUGAGAAUAUCCGUCCACCUUUAUUUUUUGUCAAUGAAGACGACAACACCUUUAAACUACAUGCAUUUAUCAAGACUGAAGAAGAAUGGGAAAGAAGAAUUACGUUUUUUGCCCAGUCUCUAUCUAGUCCACUUCCUGAACCGUUUCCCGUGGUUUCAAUACCAUCUUUUACCGUUUUAAUCCCACAUUAUUCAGAAAAGAUUCUUUUAUCUUUGAAGGAUUUGAUAAAGGAGCAAAGUUUCUCUAAAUUGUCCUUAUUGGAGUACUUGAAGCAAUUGCAUAGCAAUGAAUGGGAAUCGUUUGUUCAGGAUAGUAAAAUGAUUCUGAAUUUGGAUAAAUUGGAAGGGGAAGGAGAAGGAGAAGGAGAAGAAGAAACUAAAUUUGAAAAAUUUGAAGAUUUGCCCUACUAUUGUAUUGGUUUCAAAGAUUCAUCUGCUGAAAAUGUCCUCCGUACAAGGAUUUGGGCAGCAUUGCGGUGUCAAACUUUGUACAGAACGGUUUCUGGAUUUAUGAAUUAUGAAACUGCUCUAAAGAUUCUUUAUCGAAGUGAAAAUAUCGGGCUUGAUGCUGAAAAUGAUUUGUUCAUUGAAGAAGAAUUACAAGAGUUUGUUGAUCGGAAAUUUUGCUUACUUGUAGCUAUGCAAAAGUAUCAGAAUUUUUCAAACGAUGCUUCGGCUGAUGCCGAGGCACUAUUCCGGGCAUUCCCCAAUAUUUGUGUUGCUAUUUUGGAGACUGAAGGUAAUGCGUAUUACUCCACAUUAUUGGAUGUAUCGCAUCGGGAUUCUAGAGGUGAGUAUAUCAAGAAAUAUCGAAUCAAACUAUCAGGAAAUCCGAUUUUGGGUGAUGGGAAAUCAGAUAAUCAAAACAAUGCCCUUAUAUUCUACCGGGGAGAGUAUAUUCAAGUCAUUGAUGCUAAUCAGGAUAAUUACAUUGAGGAGUGUUUGAAAAUCAAAUCUCUAUUAACCGAGUUUGAAGAGAUUGAUAUCAAAGUGACAAAUGCAUAUGAACCUUACAAGGUGGCACCGAUUCAUGAAAAAAAACAGCAACAGUAUCCACCAGUGGCGAUUGUUGGUGCCAGAGAGUUUAUAUUCUCCCAAAAUGUUGGAAUAUUGGGCGAUAUAGCAGCUGGAAAGGAGCAGACUUUUGGUACCUUGUUUGCUCGAACAAUGGGUGAAAUUGGAUCGAAACUACAUUAUGGACAUCCCGAUUUUUUGAAUGGAAUAUUCAUGACUACUAGAGGUGGUAUUUCAAAAGCACAAAGGGGUCUACAUUUAAAUGAAGACAUCUAUGCAGGUAUCACAGCAACUUGUCGUGGUGGUAGAAUCAAACACUGCGAUUAUUAUCAAUGUGGCAAAGGCCGUGACUUGGGGUUCCAAUCAAUUGUCAAUUUCACCAAAAAGAUUGGUGCUGGAAUGGGAGAGCAGCUAUUAUCUAGAGAGUACUUUUAUUUGGGGACAAAGCUUCCUAUUGAUAGAUUCUUGUCAUUUUACUAUGCGCAUCCUGGGUUUCAUAUAAACAAUUUAUCAAUCAUGUUAUCAGUCAAGAUUUUCAUGCUAUUAGUUGCUAAUUUGGGAUCGCUCAACUAUAUAAAUAUUCCUUGUGAAAGAAAAGAAGGUGGUGGUAAUAAUGAUAUCCCUGGUUGUCAUAAUUUAGUUCCGGUAUUAAACUGGAUAGAUAGGUUUGUUCUAUCAGUAUUUGUUUGUUUUUUUAUUUCAUUUUUACCUUUGAUCAUCCAGGAGUUAAUUGAGAAGGGGUUCAUUAGAUCGAUUUUUAGAAUUGUUUUACAUAUCACGUCAUUGUCACCAUUUUUCGAAGUUUUCAUAUGUCAAGUAUAUUCAAGGGCUUUAAGAGACAAUUUUGUGUUUGGGGAAGCUCAAUAUAUAGCCACAGGAAGAGGAUUUGCCAUAUCGAGAGUUUCGUUUUCAUUGCUAUACACUAGAUAUGCUAAUCUAUCAAUAUAUUGUGGCGGAGAGAUAUUGCUCGUUGUGUUAUUUGGCAUGAUGACUGUUGGAAGAAAUGCAUUGCUUUGGUUUGUUAUAACCAUUGUUUCAUUAUGUUUAGCACCGUUUUUAUUCAAUCCUCAUCAAUUCAACUUUAUUGAUUUCUUUGUUGACUAUAGAGAGUUUAUCCGGUGGUUAUCUAGAGGCAACACCAAACCUAAAGAACUGUCGUGGAUUCUGUUUACUAAGAAUGUUCGAUCAAGAUUAACUGGAGAGAAAUCUCAAGGGUGUUUACUGGGGAGAAGUUCCACUACUAUUAAUUUACUACUUGGUGAAGUUGUUGCACCAAGUAUUGGUUUGGUGCUGUAUGUGAUUCCAUUCCUAUAUCUUCAUUCCAACCAUAGUUUAAUUGAAUUGAGUUUAUCGAAUCCGCUAAUUAAGCUUGCACUUGCUAUGGUUGUUCCCUAUGUGGCGAACAUUGCGAUUUUAGCCACGAUUUGGGCAACUUCCGUAACAUUAGCACCCAUUUUUGCCCUAUGUAUCAAGAGGACUCCAGCAUUCUUUGCCGGCGUGGCGCAUUUCCUAUCAAUAUUGAUCAAUAUUAUCAAUAUUGAAGUUUUUUUCUUUUUGGAAGAAUGGAACUUUGUUCACUUGAUUUCUGCACUCUUGGUUCUUUUUAGCUUCCACCGAGUCAUUUCCAACUUUAUAUUGAUUGUAGCGGUUUCAAGAGAGCGUCAAGAAAAUGUUACCAAUGAGGCAUGGUGGUCAGGAAAGUGGUACAAAAGCGGGUUAGGAAUUGCCGUUGUGUCACAGAAUGUCCGAGAAUUGAUUAUAAAAAUUUUAGAGUUGAACAAGUUUUCCUUUGAUUUCUUAUUGGGGCAUAUUUGUUUAUUCACCAUGUUUCCAAUAGUAUUGAUUCCAUAUAUCGAUACAUUACAUACAAUCGACGGUAUCGGUCGAUGGUAUCGGUCGACGACCAUUGAUAUGAAGCCUUUGACGAAAGCUGAUUUGCUAAGGCAGUUUGCGGAUGAUCAAGAAGAUGAGAUAUUUGGUGACAUUGAGAAUGUUGACUUUGGGCCAGGGACGGGGACAGCAGCAACUAGAAAUAAGGUAGGAAAAUCAACAAGGCGGCAAUAUGAAAAAGAAAAGGAGGCAAAAAAUGGCGGUGGUUCUGGUAUGGGUGCUGGUACGAGUACAGGUAUGGGUACCGGUGGUGACGAUGAUGACGCUAUAGAGACAUUGAAGGUGAACCAGCUCAAUUUAAAUACACAUAAUCUGCCGCUGUUUCAACUCACGCCCAAGAAUGGUGGCUCUAGUUCACCUACGAAAUCAACAAAGUCUAGUGGGAAACGAAUAACGCGGGAUGCGCUUAGUGAAUACAGCGAAGGAAACGAGAAUAACGACACUGAUAUCACUUCAGAGUUUUCCCAGGAUGAAUUUGAAGGGUGGGACGAAUGUUUCAAUAAAAACAAUCAGAACCAAAGCAUAUACCAGCAGAUGAAUCAACGAUUAAUUGCAAGAAAAGUAGCUCAACAAAGGGAAGCGGAAAGAGAGCAACAGGAAUUGAUUCAAAUGAGACAGCAACAGCAACAGCACCAGCAGAAUAAAAACACACGUGUUUUGUUAUUUAAGGAGAGUCCCAAAUCGGAAAGAUUCAAAGACGGUGGCCACAAGUUGACCAAUGAGAACUUGUCGCUUUUGGACCAGUUGGAAACUGAAAGAACUAUAAAUUACGAAUAUACUAGAGACGAUUACGAUGAAUUUGAAGAAGGGUUCAACGAAGCUGAAUUGGAAGAAAGCAUACUGAAAAUCCAGCCACUUAGGAGGAUUCAAUUACAGCAACUACAUAUGCAACAGCCGAGUUCGUCGUAUGGCACGAGGAAACUACUGAAUAAGCAAUCAAUGCCAUCGUUGGCAAGGAAUAAUGUUUCCAUAAUGAAGAAGUUUAAAUCAUCAAUGGAUUUGCAUGGAAGAAUCAAUGAGGAGAAUGAAGAGGAUAUUUAUGAACAACCUCAAUUCAACUAUAAUAAUCGAGUAAUUAAAAGAUUGGAUCGGAUUCCAUCUUAUUACAGUAAACCAGCAUUAAUAAAUACCGAGGAUAGAAAUCAAAUACUUGAUAAAUUUAAAGAAACAAAGAGUAAACACAUUCAUGGCCGUAAUAGGAAAAUGGGCAAUUUACGACAUUUGAAACCUACAACCAUAACAACAACAGCAGCAACAGAUAUUCCUAUACAACACCAGAAAUCAGCAAUGAGGUUUAACAAACAGAAAAGUGUUUGGGAAGGUAAUGAAGUUGAUUUACUACGAUUUGAAAAAAAGCCAUCUUUAAUUACAUCUAAAGAUAUUCAACCUAGGAGUAGUGCUAUUGGGACUGGAUUAUCUUGUAAGAAACAAGGUAAUAUGUUAUAUGACGAGAAGAAUUUAAGAUGGAUAAAUCUUGAAGAAGGAGGUGGAGGAGAAGAUGAGAUGAUUUUCGAUGAUAUACCCGAUUUGACUGACCCAGUAGAGACUUUAACACAGUAUAAUGUUCCUCAACAAUUAUCCCAACUUUCACAACGUGGAUCGCCUAGUAAAAAGAAGAAUAAUAACAACGAUGAUAUAUGUAUCGUUCAAUCAUCAUCAUCAUCACCGCCACCACCACCACCACUACCGCUUAGUUCGCGACGUGGUUUGUGCAGUCAAUAUACCCAACGAACUGUAUCAACGGCAACUUCUCAUACAGCCUCAUCAUCAACACAAUCGGACCACAAUUAUAAGCAUGAGAGAAAGGAGUUGAAAUUGAGUGAUAAAUUAGUUGAUAAGUUUUUGAAAGAGGAACAGAAAAUUGAACGAAAGAUUGGUCAUUGGUUCAUUGGAACUAAUGAAGCAAAACGAGAUUAUUACUGGGAAAUUAGGAAAAUGGUUACUGAAGAGGAUUAA